AUGACCAAAGACAGCACUCAAAACGCAAAGGACUUGUACCAUUUGUUAUCUCCAGAAGCUAAAUCGAGACAAAACUCACCGUUGAAAGAUGCCUUCAAGUACUUUAAAUUACCAAACAUGACAUUCUUGGGUGGAGGAUUACCCUUAUCUGACUAUUUCCCAUUCGACAGAGUUAGUGCCGACAUCCCAACUCCAUCUUUCCCCAAUGGUAUUGGAGCUCCAUUGACUAAUGAAAGUAAAACCACUAUCGAAGUGUUUAAGAAGGCUGACAAGAACCAACCAAACGAGAUUGAAUUGGCAAGAUCUUUGCAAUAUGGUUAUACCGAAGGUCAACCGGAAUUGACUGCCUUUUUGAAAGAGCACACGGAAAUGAUCCACAAGAUUCCAUACAAGGAUUGGGAUUUGGUUGCAUCUGUUGGGAACACCGAGUCUUGGGAUUCUACCUUGAGAACUUUCUGUACCAGAGGUGAUUCGAUUUUGGUUGAGGAAUACUCCUUUUCUUCGGCUUUGGAGACUGCCAAUGGCCAAGGUAUCAAUACCGUUCCUGUGCCAAUGGAUGACUAUGGUAUCAUCCCCAGCGGAUUGGACAGCUUGUUGGCUCAUUGGGUUGGUAACAAGCCAAAAUUGUUGUACACCAUUUCCACUGGCCAAAACCCAACUGGAUCAUCAUUGAGUGCCGAAAGAAGAAGACAAAUUUACGAAAUUGCUUGCAAGUACGACCUCAUUAUUGUUGAGGAUGAACCUUAUUACUUUUUGCAAAUGGAGACUUACACCAAGGACAAAAAGGCAAGAGAAGGCAAAACUGUUCACGAACAUAAGGAGUUUAUCGAAGCCUUGGUGCCAUCAUUCAUUUCAUUGGACACUGAAGGUAGAGUCAUCAGAUUGGAUUCAUUUUCCAAAGUGUUGGCGCCAGGUUUGAGAUUGGGAUGGAUUGUUGGCCAAGCAAAGUUGUUGGAAAGAUUUGUAAGAUUACAUGAAGUUUCCAUCCAAUGUCCUUCAGGUUUAACUCAAUCCAUGACAAAUGCAUUAUUGCAAAGUUGGGGACAAAAGGGAUACUUGGACUGGUUGAUUGGUUUAAGAGCUGAAUAUACUCACAAGAGAGAUGUUGCUAUUGACGCAUUGGAAGAGUAUUGUCCAAAAGAAGUUACCUCUUAUGUUCCACCAGUGGCUGGUAUGUUUUUCACUGUAAACAUUGACGCUUCAAAGCAUCCCAAGUUCCAUGAAUUGGGAGAAGAUCCAUUGAAAAUUGAAAAUUUGAUUUAUGAGCAGAGCAUAAAACAAGGCACAUUGAUGAUUCCUGGUUCGUGGUUCAAAUCUCAAGGUCAAUCAACUCCUCCACAAAAGAAUUUGCCACAAAAUCCUGCUGCAAAAACCCACAUUUUCUUUAGGGGCACUUAUGCAGCUGUUCCAUUGGAUCAAUUGGUUUUUGGAUUGCAAAAAUUCAGUAAGGCAGUUAAGAUUGAGUUUGGUUUGGAAUAG